GUCGGUGCUCCUGCAGCGACUCGUGGACGUGCUUGGAGAGGGCUUCACUCCGUUGAGUGCACAGAUGCAAUUGCAGUGGAUGCUGUUGGAGGACGCCGUCGCCUCCGGUGACUCGACAGCGACACACUUGCUCAGUUUUCUGGCAAGUGCACGGGGGUCCCCUGUGGUCGCUCUGGCUCGCCUGACAAAGGGCGUGGGUGUCAAGGAUUGGCGCAACAUCUCGCCAGGAGUGGCGGAGAUGUUGAUGCGCGAUGUGCCGGAGGCGGUCGAAGUCUAUGACGACAAAUCCGAGGAGGAGGAACAGGAGUUGGAGGCGGAGGCAAAUAUCUCGCACGAUUUCGUCGACGAGGAUGCGAACGAGGAGGUGCCCCAAAUCCUCUUCGACAGGGUCAACCCAGUGGCAGUCGAAGAGAAAGAGAUUGGCAAGCGUGUUCUCAGCAAGGUCUUCAGGACAGGCAACGGGAACGGCCCGACGGUGAUGCGCAUCUGUGGAGAUAUCCUGGCACAGUGCACACGUGGGAAGGUGGCCGGGGCGAGGCGUUUCUCCGGUCACGUGGAGGCUCCCAAGAAGAAGAAGAAGGGCGAGGAGGAAGAGGAGCCGAAUUGGCUCCGGUCAUUGGGACUGCCGGGGCAUUUCGUCUUUGACUUGGAGAACUGCCGCUUGGCAGUGCUGCGCGAACGCCAUCAGCCCUCGGCGCUGGAGACAUACUUCCAGGACAGGGAGCGCAUCCUCCGCGACACACAUGCAGACCGCACCGUGGCCAACUCUUCCUGCGUCUUCUGUACG